UUCUCUUCCUUGCCGUGAGAGAUACAAUCAUACAAGGGGAGUGUGGUUUUUCAGUCGAGAAGACAGGGAAAAAUGCAGAAGAGGGAGCUAGGCAAGGUGGGCGGAGCCACGGGUGGCGGCACCCCUCUGACGGCAAAGCGAGGUCGUCCUUUCGGAAGCAACAACGCCGCUGCUGCCGCCGCCGCCGCAGCUGAUUCCGCUGCACCGUCAACUCUUCUGGGUCCAUCUCUUCAAGUUCAUAGUUCUUUCGCCGACCAAAACAACAAAAGAAUAGUUCUGGCUCUUCAAAGUGGACUAAAGAGUGAGCUGACAUGGGCAUUGAACACUCUCACCUUGCUCUCCUUCAAAGAAAAGGAUGAUGUACGCAGAGAUGCCACCCCUCUGGCCAAAAUAGCGGGGUUACUGGAUGGCCUUCUUCAAGUUAUAGAUGAUUGGCGUGACAUUGCUCUUCCGAAAGAGCUCGUAAAGGGGCCAAGGGUCAGAUUGCUGGGUGCAAAUUCUGUAGUUUCAGGAUUUGGGAAUGAAUACGAGGCAUUGAGUUCAAAUGAUGCUCUUCCGAACCCUGGCAUGGGAUCUGGUUCGUCCAGUGCAGAGGGCUCAAGCCAAAAGAACACGAUGCGGUCUAGCCCCUCAGAAUGGUGGUUUGAUGAGGAUGGUUUAUUUAAUCUGGAUGAAGAAGGGAGGGCAGAAAAGCAGCAGUGUGCUGUUGCUGCUUCAAAUAUAAUACGGAACUUCUCUUUCAUGCCUGAUAAUGAGGUGAUUAUGGCCCAGCAUCGGCAUUGCUUGGAAACAGUUUUCCAGUGCAUAGAGGAUCACAUCACAGAGGAUGAGGAGCUUGUGACAAAUGCCCUUGAGACAAUAGUAAAUUUAGCACCAUUGCUUGACCUUCGGAUCUUCAGCUCAUCAAAGCCAUCCUACAUCAAAAUAAGUGAGAAACGGGCAGUUCAAGCCAUCAUGGGCAUGCUGGGAUCAUCAGUCAGAGCCUGGCACUGUGCAGCUGCUGAAUUGCUUGGUCGCCUGAUAAUAAAUCCAGAUAAUGAGCCAUUCCUUCUUCCUUUUGCUCCACAGAUAUACAAGCGUUUAGUUGAUCUUCUGAGCUUACCAGCAGCAGAUGCACAAGCAGCAGCAGUUGGAGCACUUUAUAACCUUGCAGAAAUCAAUAUGGACUGCAGGUUGAAGCUUGCAAGUGAGAGAUGGGCGGUUGAUAGGCUACUGAAAGUGAUCAAGAAUCCACAUCCUGUACCUGAAGUUUGCCGAAAAGCGGCAAUGAUACUGGAGAGCCUUGUCUCAGAGCCACAGAACAGGAACCUGCUUUUAGCUUAUGAGAAUUCCUUUGCUGAGAUUGUCUUCACAGAUGGCAGGUAUUCUGAUACUUUUGCCAGGAUCUUAUAUGAGUUGACUUCUCGACCUAACAACAAAAUGACUGCAACUCGUGGUGUUUGGGGCAUGUCAUCAUAGUCAUUAUUUAUGCCGAUUGGAUGCUGGGGAUGGUGUUUGUCUAACUAAUACAUACUGGUUCUGAUGAGAUGUACAAGCAGGCUUCUGUUUUUGGUUUGUUAACCUUUCUCAUUUAUUUAUCAAAGAUAACUGUUCUCAUCCAAAGCAGUCUCAAUGUGGCUCUGUAGCUUUGCGCACAAUACUUUUCCUGGUCCCUCCCAGUUGCUGUUACCUUGCUAUUGUAUAUUUUUGAAUUUAUGAGAUUUCCAUUUGUGUCAA